AUGGCGACUUCAGAAACUCUUGCUGACACCGUGAAAGCAACGAUAUCUGGUGGAAAUUCGGGUGCAUCCACGGUCACAACAUUACAAAGUCUGCUGAGCUCCGCAGCGGCCCAGACUGAAACCAAAGCAAUACCAGCUCGCAGAAAUGGACCUUCAUCACGAACACAGCCGGCCGGAAGGACCACAAAGCCAAUCAAGGGCACGACUGCGGCCACAAUAGGUUUUCGGAAGGGUGACGUUAGGGUGCUAGAAGACGCGACGCCCUCACUGCCACCGAAAGCACGAUAUGCUCUAGCCACCGAGGUAGUCAAUUCGUCUCUGAAGGUCCUGGCAGAUGCCGCGAGGUCGAAAGCGCCAGCGCAGAGCUUCCGGCGGCCCUCGUCUGUGGUCAAUCAUACCACUCCACCGCGGGCUUCGAAAACUACACCCGUUUCACAACGUGCUUUGCAAGUCCGUUCUGGCAACGCCACUCCGGUUCAACGGAGCCCAGCAAAGGGGACAGAGAAACCCAGAGGACGUUCAACAUGCUCGGAUUCACAGUCGUGCAACGAAGGUCAUGUCGCCGCCGUCGCCGAGUGCUCUAUGCUGGCUUUCUCCUAUCUAGGAUCUGUGGAUGCGAAGAAAUUGGGUCUUCGAGAACCGCCAAAGCUCCAAUUGGAGAAUGGCAUGAUGAGCCUCUGCAAUAGGCUGAUUAGUCUCGGCUUUCAGUCUUUCGCUGCCAAAGAAUUGCAUGCUGUCAAAAAAAGGCUCAGAGCCGCUCUCCCCGGUGUGCAGGAGUCAAACCCAGCUAAAUCGGCCUCCGCGCCUGCCCAGACCACUGGAAAACACGAAACCCUGGCGGAGCUUUUCGACAUUCAGCUUGAUUCAGAGAAGUGCCAGGAGGCAUGGCCGCUGAUCGCCUCAUACCAUCUUCACGUUCUGAAGCUCAUCAGUAUCACAAGGAAUUCCGCGGCAACCGAAAGGAGCCUAAAGCACCUUUCCAUGGAGUCACCAGCAUCAGUUGUAAAUCUGGCAAGACGUUGGUGCAAGUCAGAAAUGCAAAAUGGCAAGGCGAUCAAACACCUGGAGUCAAUUUCGCAACUGAUGUUGCAAAUCUGUCCAAGCGUGCUGGAAUCUGCGGAUGAAAGUGCAAGGGAUAGAAGUCAGAGUCCACCGCCCUUAUCAGUGUUCAAGACUCAAGCGACAUCUCUAUUUCUACGCUACGAAGCGGCAGAAUUCUCUGGCCAGACAAUCGACACAGGCAAGGAUAUCCUUGAGCCAUUUUCGAAGUGUCUGCAGGCGCUCAUACGGCGAAUGUCAAUUGGCUGUGAUGCCCCCAAAGUCUUCGAAACAUGUCAUCAAGAAUACGACAGACUUGGAAUUGCAAGACUUUCGAAGAAUGAGGGCAGUGCCGCCGACUUCAGCAUAUCUAGGAUACUGUCAGUAUUAGCGGAGCGCGCUUCUUGCGCCGACCAUGCUAGGCAUCUGGCAGUACUUGCCGUAGAGGCAUGCAAAACGCUUCCCCCAUCGCAUGCAAGAUCAAUAAGUGCCCUCGCGAGAAAGGUUUCAGUCGCGCUGGCUGCGAAGUGCUCAGAUUCAGCAGGAAGUUCCCUCAGUCGAGACCUAGAGAUCAUCACCGAAGGACUCCAAGACAGCGUAACAGGCAACGUGGUGGACUACGAAGUCCUUCUGUCUGAGCUUUCGCAUGCUCUCCGGGCUCUCUGUCACUUGCAGCAAUGCGAAGACAUCGAGGCAUCCCGUGCCCAGUUUGCUGGUCUGGCUGCUGGAUUUGCAUCCCGAUAUGUUCGCAAAUUUCCCGGCCGCCAUGUACUGACGGCGGAAGAUAUUAUACGGGCGGCGCUUGCCUGCAAGGCACCGAAUGACGAAGCCCUAUCAUGGGUCAGCAAAGACGCUGCUAAUGUGUUGAUCCAAUCUGGAGUUCUUCAUACAGUUGCGGAAAAAGCAUCGUCGAGAUCAAUGACUCUGGCGUGGGCGUCGUUCAACAAAGCUAUUUCACUUGGCCGGAUGCUGAAAAUCCUGACCUUGAAAGCGGCUACAUCGGAUACAAGCAGAUGCAUGAAUUUCCUAAUGGAUGACGAGACUUUAGGUCCUGCAGACCGUGGAGCGCUGCUUGAACGACAACUAAAGUGCCAAAUCGACUUAGCGCACAAAAGUAAGCACCAGGAGGCUUUGCAAAAGCUGAUACCGGAGACCCUCAAGAGAUUGAAUCUGGCUUACGAUCCGUCCAUGUAUCCAGUACGCCAUGCGAGGAUCGCAGUGUUGGCAAUGCGAAUACGCGAGCAGCACCCAAUGGCACUACCGCCCCACGUCCUGUCGAUGUUCUCGUCUACGGCACUACUUGAUACGACCGACUUGGGGAAGGAUGAGGGUCUGAAAGCGUAUAUCCCAGACAUCCAAGCAGCCUCGCGCCUGAGUCGAGCAUUCGCAAAUGGCGAUCCAUGUCCACAGGCCAUCAGACAGAGCCUGCUUGGCUGGAGCUCAAUUACAGAUCUCGUUGAAGAUGCGGAAGGUCUCGACCAUGUCGUAGACAAUCCAUGUGCUCUGAUAUCACAACUGAUGUCUCUUGACGAGUACUUUGGGAUACUUGGAGAGGAUGAAUCGAGGGUACCCGUUCUCCGGAUACUAGUUGACAUCUGCAGAGUCUACAACGCCAAUCUUGAGGGAGCAAGCAGUCUCCUGAGACUGUCCCGAGUAUACAUCCUGCUUGGCUAUGCAGAAAAGGCGGCGGACUGUCUUAGCACGGCGGAGAAGCUGUUGAGUAUUACCCGCUCGCAAACGCUCGAAUAUUUAGACUACCACCUUUGUCACGCGGAAUAUCUCUACGCCAUUGGCAACGUAGAUGAGGCUCGUCGAACACUUCUGGAUACCUUGCACUAUCGCCGCGAGUUGCAGCCGAAGAAGUUACCGUCGAGCCAGACCACGACCUUCAGACUUCUUCAUGGUCGAGGCUGGUUAUUACAUUCGCAGCUCAUGCUUGCCUCUGGUAACCCUUCCGAAGCGCUUCAGGCGGCUAAGCGAGCGAACAGGGUCUUGAACAGCAUCUGGUCGAGUGUUGAGCGGUCAGAAUUGCAGUCACAAACAGUGCCUUCCAGUGUCAAGGAUGACGAGCCAUCGAUGGACCACCUCACGCACAAGGUUAGCAAGCUGAAUCUGCAGCCCGACUUGGACCCUUCGCAGAGGCUGGACAAGAAUACAGACAGAGGCGCUCCUUUCUGGCCUGUCCUUCGCCUUUUUUGCUCGACCCUGCUCCAUCUCAGCGAUGUUUCCGCCCAUCACGGGAUAUUCUUCGAUGCCAACUACGCUUCUGAACAGGCUUUGAAAAUUGUAGAAUCCGUCGGUGCUCGGCGGCUGGUGCAGCGAGUCCGGUCCCAUCGGAUCACAUUCCUUGCUGCCUGCGAACGAAAUGAGGAUGCAGAGCUUCUAUUCGCGCAAGAGGGAGAUACAACCUCACUAUCUGUAUCGUUGGCAACAAUCGAGCAGCUCAAGGCGAAGUCUGUUUUGAGGGCACGAAAUGGCGAAUUUGAACAGGCGUAUUUCCGUCUCGAGCAGGCAGAAAAGAUUGCCAAAGACAUGCAGUCCGAACGGCAUACCUCUAAGAUUGAACAGCUGUCUAGGGUCUAUGAUGACAGUGCAGACACCGCAGUGGAUACGAAAGCCUCAGGGGAUGCGAAGAAGAAGACUGGCGCUCAGCCCAAGCCAGUGACGAAGGCUGGAGCCAGAACGCGUACGACGACUAGCAAGACAACAAAGAGGGCCGCGCCGGUAUCCGAAGCGUCGCAAAAGUCGCGGAUAGACACGUCUGACUACUUCGCACUGCAGAGGCUGGAAAACAGUCUAUCGCUCGAGAAAGCCCUCACUGGAGUUGCGAUUGGCCGUGUGGAACCAAAUUGUAAGGGGCUUGUGCCUUUCCCAUCAAAUACAGCACGAUGGCGCCAACUCGAACACGAAAUUGCGAUGCAGAAGGUCACUUCUGCGAUCCAUGCCGAUUUCUCUCUCAAUGUUCUGCCAGAGUCGACUUUGGCAUACCCGGCCCUUCUCGCCCCUGACAGGAGACUGUCCGCCCUCGCGACCCUUAGCACAACAACCUUCUGUCCGCCUAUCAGACCGGCGAGCAAGGUCGUAGCCUCGAACAGGACAGCUAGGAACAAGGCCGCACCGGCCAUGUCCCUUGAACCCUUGUUGAUCGCCGCAAGUCGCUGCCUGCAGCUUGACCUGAAAGAGAGCAUGUCACUGAGUACGGCAGAAAGUCAUAAACUCUACUGCCAAUUAUCUAGCGUGUCAGUGAUGCUGUCGGCGACUUCGCCAACGCAUGCCUCAAAAAUUCUACAUCCGGUCCAGGAGGCCUUCACAGCAGAGCGUGCUCGCAUGCACGCUUCGGAGCGUCAACGGGUCGGCGUGCUAGUAGAAAAGGAAUCUCGUGGCAGCCAAGAUUCGAUGGCAUGGCCCGGGCAAGAAUCGUCGAGAUCGGAGCCUAAUCUCACUGCACAGAGCUUCCAGUCCGAUUAUGUUGACAUUCUACCGCCACUGUGGACUACAGUAUCACUUUUCCUGGAUGAGAAGUGCGAAGAGUUAUACAUAGCUCGCUAUCAUUGCUCUGAGACGCCAUUCCUCAUUCGACUACCAUUCUCUCGACAGAAGUCCGAAGAUGCCGAAGAGGAGAUCUUCGACUUUCACGCUGGCAAGGCGGAGCUGAGAGAUAUCAUUGCGCUCUCGAAUUACAGUUGCCACAACUCUGGCGACCCUAGUACGAAAGGCGCAAAGACAAAAUGGUGGAGUACGCGAGAGGCUCUGGACAGGCGAUUGCACGAGCUGCUACUCAAUAUCGAGAAUUUGUGGCUUGGUGGGUUCAAAGGAAUGCUCUCACAACAGCUGAAGGAUCAAGUCCGUUUGUAUCAGUUCCGCAAGACCUUUGAGGCGAUGUUGGAUCGACACCUACCUUCUCGGAAAGCAGCCAAGCGCGGUGCGAAGAAGCUGGAGCUCGAUGACCAUAUCUUAGGCCUCUUUGUUCGUCUCGCAAAAGGUGUGGAUGGCGAGGAGGACUUGGACGAACCACUGGCGGAUCUCCUCUACUUCGUCGUCGACAUUUUCCAGUUCAAUGGCGAACGCAAUGCCUACGACGAAAUUGACUUUGACAGCAUGGGGAUAGAGGUUCUGGAUGCCUUGCGAGCGUACAUUGAUGCCCACGAGAGUGAAGAAUCCCCGGAAGGCCAUCUGAUUCUGGUACUCGACCGCCGCUUACAAGCGUUCCCGUGGGAGAGCCUUCCGUGUCUGGACCAGUGCAGCGUCAGCCGGGUGGACAGCAUGUUCACUCUCCGCGAGCGGAUACUCCAGAUGAGACAAGCCGUGGGUGAUGACCCGAGCGCACGCUACACCAUCCAGCGCGACUCUGGCACGUACAUCCUCAACCCAUCCUCGGAUCUCAAAGCCACAGAAGCAACCCUGGGACCGGAACUCGCAAGGCUCGAACAUCCCCAAUGGACCUCCAUCGUCGGCCGAGCACCCAGCGAAGAAGAAUUCCAGACUCGUCUGUCCACUUCCUCGACCAUGCUGUACUUUGGUCACGGAGCCGGGUUGCAGUAUAUCCGACCUCGAGCGAUUCGACGUCUGGAUCGCUGUUCGGAAGUUGUGUGGUUGAUGGGUUGCUCCUCCGGCGCCGUGACGGAAUACGGGGAUCUGGAACCUUUCGCGGUGCCCUUGACGUAUCUCAUGGCGGGUCAGGCAAGACGGAAUCUUCCAGCUCAAGAAGAAGAAGGAGAAGAUGACGAGGGCGGAGAAAGUGACACGCGGAAAUGCAUGGCCGUCAUCGGCAUGCUGUGGGACGUGACGGAUCGAGACAUUGAUCGCUUUUCCCUCGCCGUCGGGGAGGAUUGGGGACUCUUCGCCUCCGCUUCCGCUUCACCACCACCACCACAACCACCACCAUCAGAAGCGACCCGAGUCCCAGCCAAGACGCCCCGCAGCAAACGGUACAAGACUCCCGCCGCCGCCGCCGCCGUGCCCUCGACUCCCGAGAGGGCGGCCGCUGCUCCCAAGACGCCCCGAACUCGCCAACCUGCCGUUCGAACUCCCGCCGCUAGGAGUCGCAGUCGCGGACCAGCAGGCAUGAUGAUGAACAAGAAGCAGAAGGGAAUCGCAGGCGAGAUGAUGAGUAUGAGUCUCUCCGAAGCCGUGUCGAGGAAUCGGGACAGCUGUUAUUUGAGAUAUCUGAAUGGUGCGGCGGCGGUCGUGUAUGGCGUGCCGGUCUAUCUGGGGGAUUGA